CUUGCAGAUAUGUCAGAAAACUGAAGUCAACUAACAAGACACUAUACACUGCUGUCUAGGCACCUUGGUUGUACCUCAAAGGACUGAACAAACCCAGUGAUGGUGCAGCCAUGAAGGCAACUCAGUGAUAAUGGCAAAAUACUGAUAGACAAGAGUAUCUGCUUUGCUGGGAGGUCAGGACAUCCUUGAUAUGCACCAUUCAAAGCCCAAGAUAAGCACACAACAAAGAAACCACAAUAACAAACCUCCUAUGAAAGCAGAAGUCAGCAACACUGUUCCAGAAUAUGUGGUGUCCUGAUACGUAUCUACAUCGAUGAUAUAAAAGUUACACACUAUCUACCCAAAGGGAGCUUCUCUGUGUAAGAUCUCCCAGACAGACCAGACCCUUGUCUGGGAUGCUUGGCUGGCUCUGGACUCUAACACGGAUGAUCUUCGAAGUGAAACUUUUCUGUCAUUGAUUGGCUCCACUCCCGUGAGUUGUUUGGUCUCCAGGACACAAAGACAGACACCUCAAUGGCUACCAAGGAUGAGAAUGAAAUCCGUCUGUCUCAUGCUCUCUCAGAAGGCGAGAUAAAAGCCACUCAGAAGAGACAAGAAAAAGUAUUGAUGUGUCUGAAAGACCUUGGGAUUCAUUGUGACCAGAAUAAUGUGCCUAAUAUUGUUGUUCUGGGAUCAGGCGGAGGCCUGCGUGCCAUGAUAGCCCUGCUCGGAACCUUGGUCGAGCUGAAGACACAGAAUUUCUUGGAUGCUGUGCUGUAUUUGUGUGGGGUGUCAGGAUCCACUUGGUGCAUGUCCCUCCUGUACGAAGAUACGAAAUGGUCAGAAAAUUUGAUGUCCUUGGAAAAGGAACUGUGCAAAAACCUCAGUGAUUUCCCCUGGCAUUUUAUGAAAGCAGAAGAAUACUUACAGGAGUCAUCAAGAGAUGAACUUUACUCACUCACUGACUUCUGGGCCUCCUGUCUUGUAUACCAAAUACUGAAGCAGUUUGAUGAGCACGAGCUGGCUGACCACAGGGAGGCCUCAGAAACUGGAAUAAACCCUUACCCAAUUUAUGCAGCAGUGGAUAAGGAAAAACUAAGUGAAGAAGGUGAAAACUUUCCAGGGACCUGGUUUGAAUUCACCCCACAUGAGAGUGGAUAUACUGCCUUGGGUGCUUUUGUGAGUACCAAGUACUUUGGAAGUGAAUUUGAGAAGGGUAAGAUGAAGAAAAGGGCGAAGAAGAAACCCAUUUGUUACAUGCAAGCCUUAUGGGGGAGUGCUCUUGGAAGCAUCGAAGAAAAUCUAAAGUUUAUACGAGAGUGUCUACAAAGAAUAUUUCAGUUAAAGGAAGGCAUCUCCUCAUGUGCACCUGAGAGUAAUUCAGAUACCGUCAUGGCAUAUCAGACUGCUCUUCUUCUACUAGACCUUGAGUUCUGUGCUGUAAGUGGGAAUGAUCCUAAGGAAGUCUUCAAGAAAUUGUUGAAUAUAUUGUCAGGCAAGGCAAAAAGUGCAUCCUACCAACUGUGCACUGAAAUGCAUAAUACUUGGGCAAUGAAAACAAGGGAGGAAAGAAUGGAGAGCUGUACUGAACUGGACAAAGAGAUAGAAAAGGAAUUGAGAGUGCAUCUUGGAGAAGAAGGUACUCUAGAAGGAGAGUUACAAUCAUCCCAUGGAAACUCCCUAGGACCACUGCAGGAUGUCAUUAGGAUGAUGUUUAAAACAAUUGGAUGCGUGAUGACCUGGAAAUGGGGAACGACUAAUAACUUCCUUUACAAGUGCUCUAACAUUCAACCCUCUUACCUGGUCAGAAACAAAAUCAUUUCUUUGAUUGAUGCUGGCCUGGCAAUAAAUUCUGCCUAUCCUCUGGUCCUUCGAGCACAGCGGAGAACAGAUCUGAUAAUUUCCUUUGACUUCAGCUCUGGAGAUCCUUUUGAGACUAUCAAGAAAACAGCUACAUAUUGCCAGAAAAACAGUAUCCCAUUUCCCAAGAUAGAGAAUCAGGAAAUGGAUGAGAACCACCCUUCUGACUGCUAUAUCUUCCGAGGAGACAAGUCAUGCCCUACAGUCAUGCACUUUCCACUCUUCAACAGCGUGAAUUGUUCUGAUAAAAUAGAAGAAUACAGAAAGAGGUUUCACACUUUUUCCAUGUUCUUCCCCAAGGAAGACAUCAAAGACCUCCUUGAGAAAGCAAGGUUGAAUGUAUACAACAAUAGCGGGAAGAUUAUGGAUGAGAUAAAACGGCUUGUGUCUUCCUCUCACAAAAAGGAGUUCUGAAUGUGAGGGGGGGGGGGGGGGUGGUGUCUUUCAGUACCAGAUAACAAAUUCAUGAAUCGCCGGUAAACUUCACCCCACUGCAUUUUUAAUUUUGGCCAUUUGAUCUUAGUCUUCAUACUGUGCUCUGUACAACUGUAACGUAGAUUUCUCCAUUUUCUCCCUUCUCAGCUACUUCUGGAAGUUCCUCUAUAGUCAAAAGAACGAAAAAGCUGCUCUUAGGGAGUGAAUCAUUUGGCACAUUUUAAACAUAUUUGUGACAAUAAGAUGGCCUGAGUUUCUUCUGAAGAGGCUCCCUUUAAAAUUGGCUGAGAUGGAGGCAUCAGUGUUCACAAAGAAACUCCAACUGAACAGUGCUUGCACAGUGUCAAGAAUUCCUUAUUUUGCUUAGCGUGCGUGCUCAGCUUUUGUUUUACCUACUAAACUGUCUUUAUGUCAACCCAUGAGUUUUUGCAGUUAUGCUUCCAAUUCUCUCCCCCAUUCCACUGGGGGGCAGUGAGUGAGAGCUGUGUGGUGCUUAGCUGCCUGUCAGUGUUCACCCACGACAAUCCUUCCUGGUGCCCACCAUUGAGCUCAAAGGGUUCAAGAUAACAUUGGAUUUGAUUGGAGUGUCUUAGACCAAAUUUAUACCUGUUCCAGCUGUUCAACUAUGAAUUGGCAGGCUCCUGCGCUUGUCACAGGUCUUGCUUACCUUAAUGUACGUUAAUCUAGUGCUUGUUAGUGGAUUCUUUUGCUGUUUGCUGUACUAAUUAUCAUCUUACUCCUCUGUGCCUGGGAACAUUUUGCUAACAGCAAUGGCGAUGAACCUGGGAUGGCAGGUGGCCAGGGUAUCACUGCUAUUCCUGUGUUGCUGUACUGGACAGGCUGGAACUCCAGUAUGAACUCAAGUCAAAGGGACUGUGACCUGUGGCUAAGUCCGCACUGGAGCAAGUACAACUUAAAGCAUCUGUGGCCAUGGAUAAGUCCAUGCCAGAGCAAGUACAUCUCAGAGCAUCUGUGGCUGUGGGUAAGUCCAAGCUGCAGCAGCGGGUAUGUCCCUGAAGAGACUGUGGCCCAUGGUAAAAGGCCAAGCUGGAGAAGGUACACCCCUAAGGGAUUACGUUUAAUGGAAAAGCUCACACCAGAGCAGGGGCAAGGGGAGGAGCUCAUUGCAAUGUUAAGCCCUGUGGCCUGGUUUAAAGGGAGCAGGAAUGGAGAUUGCAAUAGAUAUAUGUUUAAAUUGUAACCCAUUAUUUGAGUUGCAUGUUACAGGAAGUACUGUAGCAGGAACCAGCCAAACCAACAGACAACGAGCCUCACAAGAAGCAGUGCAAGUGCAGCAGUGACCCAGCCUGAGUCAUGCCUUGGGUGCCUAAUAACUCCACACAACACAACACCUCUCCUGACCUGAGUGACUGUUGUAACAGACAGAACCCAAGUCGUGGACUUAAAUGAACUCAGUGGCCAAUUUACGGACAUGUUAUGGGUAUUUUUACAGGAGUGGCCCAAAGACUAAGGGAAUGAUAUCUAUGUGUAAAUCUAAAGACAGAAAAGGGGUUGGUGAUUAAUGAGGGUGUAUUGGAUGACGUGGGUCCUGAGUAUGAUGUAAAUGGUAUGGAAUAAGGAGACUGUAGUCGAUCUGGCGGGGAUGGAGUUAUUUUUUUCAUAGCAGUUCAUACGGUGCUGCCUUUUGUGACCAAAACAGUGUUGAUAACACAUGGAUGUUUGAGCUGUUGCUGAACAGUGCUUACAAAGCAUCAAGGCCUUUUCUGCUUCUCACACUGCCCUGCUAGUGAGCAGGCUGGGGGUGCACAAGGAGCUAGAAGGGGACACAGCCAAGACAGCUGACCCCAACUGACCAAAGCGAUAUUCCAUACCAUAUGGUGUCACGCUCAGCAAUAAAAGUUGAGGGAAAGAAGGAGGGAGGGGAGGAUGUUUGGAGUUAUGCUGUUUGUCUUCCCAAGUAACCAUUACGCGUAAUGAAGGCCUGCUUUCCUGGAAAGGUCUAAACAGCUGCCUGCCAAUGGGAAGCAGUGAAAGAAUUCCUUAUUUUGCUUUGCUUGCAUGUGCAGCUUUUUCUUUACCUAUUAAACUGCCUUUAUCUCAA